GAGGAAAUGGAGAAGACCCACCUGAUGUGAAACCUACAGGAGGAAAUGGAGAAGACCCAUCUGAUUCUCUACAGGAGAAAAUGGAGAAGACCCACCUGAUUCGGUGUUCAAAGGAGGAAAUGGAGAAGACCCACCUGAUUCGGUGUCUAGCGGAGGAAAUGGUGAUGACCCACCUGAUUCGGUGUCCAGCUCUAAAGACAACGCAGACCCACCUGAUUCGGUGUCCAGCUCUAAAGACAAGGACAUGGAGUCUGAUUGUGAAACCUACAGGAGGAAAUGGAGAAGACCCAUCUGAUUCUCUACAGGAGAAAAUGGAGAAGACCCACCUGAUUCGGUGUUCAAAGGAGGAAAUGGAGAAGACCCACCUGAUUCGGUGUCUAGCAGAUGAAAUGGAGAAGACCCACCUGAUUUUGUGUCCAGCUCUAAAUGCAAUGACGGUAAGCCAGAGAUACUGCAAAGAAAGAAGACAGUUAAUAGACUCCUAUUAA